CCCUGGGAGCGGGGCGGCUCAUUGACUGGUAGGUCCCGCGCGGGGGCGGACGGCCGGCCGGCGUAUUUUUAACUUCGCUGGGCGUCCGAGGAGGCAGCGAGCAGCCCGGCCGGAGUUGCCGCGCCGCGUUGGUGACUGACGGCCCCUCCCCUCCCCUCGCAGGAUGCGCGGCCGGGGGGGCGGCUUUUCCACGAGAGGUCCCCGGGCGCGCUCCGCUUCGCCUCCAGCCGCCGCCUCCCGCGGGAUCCCGGACGGGGCCGAGGGCCGAGGUUGGUGAAGCCGCCGGAGCGGCGUCUGGUCUCGGACUCGAGCCAUGGGGGGCAACCUGGGCUGCCACCGCUCCAUCCCGCGGGACCCCUCGGACUUAUGCCACAGCCGCAAGUUCAGCGCGGCGUGCAACUUCAGCAACAUCCUGGUCAACCAGGAGCGGCUGAACAUCAACACGGCCACGGAGGAGGAGCUCAUGACCCUCCCGGGGGUCACCAGGACGGUGGCCCAGAACAUUGUGGAGUACCGGGAGUACAUCGGGGGCUUCAAGAAGGUGGAGGAUUUGGCGCUGGUCAGCGGGGUGGGCGCCGCCAGGCUGGAGCAGGUGAAGUUUGAGAUCUGCGUCAGCAGCAAGGGGAACUCGGCCCAGCACUCGCCCAGCUCUCUGCGGAAGGACCAGACCCUCGACCACCUGUCUGCCGCGAAGAUCAACAUCAACACCGCCACCUCCGCCCAGCUCAUGAGCAUCCGUGGCAUCACGGAGAAGAUCGCCAACGGCAUCGUGGAGUACCGGAAGGAGCACGGGCCUUUCAGGAGCAUUGAGGACCUGGUCAAGAUGGACUGCAUCAACUCUUCCUUUCUGGACAGGAUCCGGCACCAGAUCUUCGCGGAGAGGUCGAGGCCCCCCUCCACGAACACCAACGGCGGCGGCCUCAACUUCACGGUCAAGCCCCACCCCAGCCCCACCUCCCUCAGCCUCCAGAGCGAGGAUUUGGAUUUCCCGCCUGGGGGGCCGACUCAGAUUAUCUCCACCCGGCCCACCGUGGAAAUGUUUGGCGGGGUGAGAGAUGGGAAGCCCGUCCUGAGGGUGGCCACUUGGAACCUGCAGAGCUGCUCUGUUGAAAAAGCCAACAACCCUGGCGUGCGAGAAGUCGUGUGCAUGACCGUUCUGGAGAACAGCAUCAAGCUUUUGGCUGUGCAGGAGUUGGUUGACAGAGAUGCCCUGGAAAAGUUUUGCAUGGAGUUAAAUCAGCCGACUCUGCCGAAUAUUCGCAAGUGGAGAGGCCCUCGAGGGUGCUGGAAGGGAGUUACUUCUGAGAAGCCCUCAGGACAGCCCCAAAGGGGUGUGGAAUAUUCGGGCUUCUUGUGGGAUGUGACUGCAGGUAUAGAGCUGAAGGAUGCCACCAUCUAUGAGAACACGCACACAAAUGGGAAUGGGAGGCAGGCGUAUCCUCAGCCAUAUGUUGCACACUUCAAGGUGGGGAUGAGUGAUCUAACGCUGGUUAACAUUCAUCUGGCCCCCUUGCUCUCAACGGGAGAAAAUGCUGUGAAAAACCACGAUAGCCACAAAUUAGCAGCCUUUGCACAGACUCUACAGGAAACUUUGAAAGGAGAAAAAGAUGUGAUCAUUUUAGGAGACUUCAGUCAAGCUCCAGACAGUAGCGACUGUGACCUGUUGAGGAAGGAGAAGUUCCAUCACCUGGUCCCCGCCAAUACGUUUACAAACAUCAGCACAAAGAACCCUCAGGGGUCGAAGUCCCUGGACAACAUCUGGAUCAGCCGUAGCUUGAAAAAGAUAUUCACCGGUCAUUGGGCCGUGGUGAGAGAAGGUCUUACGAACCCCUGGAUCCCUGACAACUGGUCAUGGGGCGGAGUAGCAUCAAGCCAUUGCCCGGUGUUAGCCGAAUUCUACAUGGAAAGAGACUGGAACAGAAAGGACACCAUUCGUAAUGGGAAUGGGGUGAUGGUGGAGCGUAGUGACUCAAAUGUGAAACACGAGCGAUGAUAGUCUGCGAAGUCAAACCUCUGUCCCCGUGCCUGGAAAGGAUGGUUGGAAGAUCCCUUUGCUCAAGGCCCAACUGUGAACCAGAACUGCCUUUUUUCUCGUUUAAAAAGAAUCAGCUUCUGCUUUUAACACCUCCUUUUCCCAUCUCCCCCGCUCUGUGCCCCUCUGUGAAUGUUGGAGGGCAUCUUCUUGCCAUAGAGUGGUUUGUGAUUUUUUUUUUUUAAAUGGAGACAUGGUGGACACUCUUGUGCUUGGAU